AUGAAUGCUGACCACCGUCAGCUAUGCAAAUUCAACAGUCCGGAUGAUCCAAACUACAAGACGUUAAGAAACACUCUUCAUACGGCUGCAGACAUGCUAAGGUCAUCGCCACCCUGGAACCUGGCCACUUCACAAACUCAAGUCAACUUGACUUAUGCGCCAGAAGGCCUGAGCAAAGAUCUCAUUAACCAACGCCUUAGAUCAUUUCUAGGCGUCGAUGACACUCUAGAAGACGAGCUUCAAAUCCUUCAAAUCCUUCGAGAGCCAGGAACAUGCGAAUGGUUCUCGGAAGCAAAAUCAUUUACCUCAUGGAAACCAGCAUCUGGGAAGUCGGUCUUAUCCAGCCACGUUAUUGAGCAGGUAAAGUAUCUAGGUGCGUUUUGCAGCUACUUUUUCUUCAAGCAAAAAGAGGCUAGCAAGUCUACACUAGGCGAUUGCCUGCGCUCCCUCGCCUUCCAAAUGGCUAUGCAGGAUGAUCAAGUAGCGGAUAAACUUCUCCAACUCGAAGGAGAAGGUGUGACAUGGGAUAUAACUGAUGAGUUGAGUGUCUGGAGAAGACUUUUUAUCAAUGGAGUCUUCAAAUUGCCUUCUAUCUCUCAGCACUUCUGGAUAAUCGACGGUGUAGACGAGUGUGCCAAUUUCAACUCUCUUUUUACGAAGAGAAUUCUCGCUACCCUCCCCCGAGACAUUCGGCUGUUUGCUACUAGCCGUCACCUAGAAGAGAUAGGACGGCUCGUACUUCAAGAGUUAGAAACCGCCUGGACUCGCGAGGCUAUGGACGCUGUGUUGAAUGAAGUGCCUGUCGACCUUAAAGAUAUGUAUCGCCGGAUGCUACAAUCAAUGGAGAAGGACAAGCGCAGAGUCAAACUUGCUCAAUCCAUUUUGACGUGGGCCGUUCUAGCAUGUCGGCCUCUCAGUGUUGACGAGUUACGUGUUGCUGUGAAGCUUGAUGUGAACGAGACGCUACAGAACAUGAGCAAGGCAAUUCCCAGCCUAUGCCACCAACUCGUCUUUGUCGACAACACCGACAGACCUCUUGCUCCACUGCGACGGAAGAGUUCAGGAUUUCGUGGCUUUGCGAAACCAGACGAUGGCCUUUCACCGGACCUUUCCUUGUUGGACUACGCAGCUUCCUAUUUCUCUGAGCACAUAUAUCAGGGCACAUCAAGGGAAGAUAUCGUGAUGUCCGAACUGUGUACGUUCCUGAAGAGCAAAAAUAUCCUCUCCUGGAUUGAACACGCUGCUGAUAAUGGUAACCUGGGGGAUAUCACUAGGACGGCAACCAACCUACGCGCAUAUCUGGGCCGGAGAAUGAAAUACCUUUCUCCUAUGGACCCCUCGGCAUAUUUCUUAGACUGCUGGGUGACUGAUCUAAUCCGAGUCACUGCCAAGUUCCGAUCUCAGUUACUAGCUUGUCCAUCAUCUAUCCAUUACAUCAUCCCGUCAUUCUGCCCAUCAGAAUCUAUCAUCUCAAGGACUUUUGCUAAUAGCGCUCGACCGUGGGCAAUAACUGUUAAGGGUAUCCGUCCGACAACGUGGGCUCGUGUGACGGCCCUUAGCCAUGGUUCCCAAUAUUUCGCUGUUGGCUUAUCGACAGGACAGAUCUCGCUCUUCGACCCGCAUUCUGUGCAGUGCGUAACGAAAAUCGCCCAUCCUGAGAGGGUCAAAAUGCUAGGAUUUAGCAAUGACGGCGAGUAUCUUGCUUCCUCUGGUGCAAAGACUCUGGUCGUGUGGCAACUUAAAUCUAAGACGAAGAAAUUUUCGCAUCCGAUUUCAGAGUCCGAACUUAUAGCAUUUGCUUUUCUAAGUGACGAUGAGUUUCUUUGCGCCUUUGCAUCCGGAGAGCUAACGAAAUGGUGCCUUGAUACUGGCCGACAUGAGACAAUCUCAUGGGGAGGAAUGUAUGAUAAGGAUAUUUUUUGUACUCCUGAUAUUCCCGAUCAGCCACCAAGCCGUGCUGCGCUUUUUGCUACAGGUGAAACGGUGCUGCUGGCUGUGGGUUAUCGGAACCACCCAAUAUUCAUAUGGAACGCGUUGGAUAACGGAAUAGACGACAUGACAUUCAACCCCAACCCAGAGAUCACUGCGCUAGUAGUAUCGUACAGCGAUGGAAGAUUAUACCUCUUCGACUAUAUCACUAUGAUGCCGACGUUUACACGGCCAAAUGUAUACGCAAAUAGCAUCGCCUGCUCCCCAAAUGGUCAUAGUCUUGUUACUGGUAGCACUGGGGGUGUCAUUGAAGUAUUCGAAUUCGAUCAGGAUCACGGCGGAAACAUAGUACUAGUUCCCAUAUACAGUAUUCAAUCCCUCGAAGACUCGAUUCGAAGCAUAGCCUUCAGUCCCGAUGGCCUCCGUUUUGUCGACAUACACGAUCGCCAAUGCCGUAUAUGGGCACCUACAGCACUGUUGCGGAAGGACAACGAACUCGAGAGCGUAAGUGAUAUCAUAGCGCCUCCGCUUAAAAUGGUCGGCAUGCUCGAACCCAUGACUCCAGAGGUCACAAGCAAUCUAGCUAUAUCUCCUAAUGGCAGUUACAUCAUUGCAGGCAAGAGUAACGGCGACGUCCUGGUUUUUUCAGCGGUUGAUGGGAAGGAAUUAGGCGUACUCUAUCGACACGGACGUGGAGUAUCUAUUGUCAAUGUUGCCUUGAGAGAAGCGCACAAUUUAUUCAUUUCAGCGGAUGAUUCUGGUAGGCUGCUAGUGGUAGAACUGGCUGAGCCCAUCCUUGUCUCGUCGGUGCCACAGCAAUUACCAACCGCGCGCAUCACGAUGGACCACCGGUUCGGUGCUGCUAUUGUUAAUCUACUCGUCAACCCCACGUCCGACCGCCUUCUAAUCAGCGGACGCAAUACGGACGACUUUUGCGAUCUAUUAUCUGGGAAGGUUCUAGGUUCGAUAUCUCACAUUGAUGGUGGCGUCACAUCGACUCCUAAUCGAAAUAUUUCGGACAUAAGAGACGCUUCGACCUCAGCAGCUGCCUUCCAACACCCGACUAAUGAGUCCUGGUUCGUUUUAAUUCUUGCUGGCACUGCCCGGAUUUUCUGCUGGUCCAAUUUCCAGGAGUUGACCACGUCAAACGGCGUCCCUCUUCAAACCCCACCCACAGCCGUGGAGUCUCUUCUCCCCACACAGCUACAGGCAACUAAACCACUGACCAUGCGUAGUUCAUCGUAUUAUGUUGGACAGGGUUUUGUCCUAGAAUUGCUCCGGUCGUCACCCCCACGGCUUUACGUCUGGCCAGUAUCGACAUUCGACCCGCAAACAACUCCAUUAGAGCACCCAGCACAGCUGCCUAAAGAAUUGAGCCUUUCUAGUAUCAAUGCCGAAAUCCUCGCCGUACUUGGAAUCGUAGGUCAGUCUACAGUUCUACUUGUAGAUGUCAAUCUUUGGGUGUAUAGUAUAGAACUGCAUCCGAAGCAAGCAAGACCACCCGGCCGCACUAGCUUUUCCUCCGAAACCAAAAUAAUACAGGACUCAACUACGCAGCAAAUUCCACCAGUGCUUAGAAGGAGACAUUUCUUUGCUCUAAGCGAAUGGCGUACAAUUAACGGUGAGCUUAGAUGCGCAGUAGCGCAGCGCUCAGGCAGUCCUGAAUUCUUUUUUGCAAGUGAAGAUCAUAUCAUCGUUGUUCAGGGUGGAUUGGAGUUCUCGGAGGUCAUGACCAUUGAUCAUGUCAGGGGUACAGAAGCUAGUAUGAAAUAG